GAAACUACACUUAAUGUCAACAUUUAGACGAAUAGAAUUUGUUCUCCAUUUUGCGAAUCAGAAGAUAACACAAAAUUCGAUUUGGCAAGGCUUUAAAUUAAUGAUCUUCAGUUGUUUAUUGGAUUUAAAAAGUUUUCCAGGUGUAUGCGAAUAACACGAAGUCAAGUGAUAGACAGGAUGGAGAAUCCAACUACUCGCCAGAUCCUACAUCACCGAUGCAAGUUCGUGAAAAGGAUGUGAUGACCUCGACACGCCUUGCACCGCGGUGCCGGUUGUGGCGCACCCGGCACAGAGUAGCUGGUGUCACGGACCACCGUCGCCUGCAGAGGGAGACCAGCAGCCCAGAGACGAGGAGGGGCGCGGCGACGCCGUGGUGGCUGUUCGCAGCAUCACCUGGACCUCUGGCAGGGGACUCAGCGGUGGCCUCGCGUGCCUCGUCGCUGCCGACUGCACCAACCCCUGCUCCGUGCACAGCUGCGGUCGACGUGCCAGCAGACGCAGUCCAGCACGGAGGCCCCGUUUGAUGCAAGCAGAGCCAGAGGCGACGCAGCUACGCCCGCUGGACGCGUCGUCGGCUGUCGGGGCUGACUGAGGUGGCGACACACGCAGUGCGCGGCGCACGGAGAACAGUCCCAGUACAGCGACGAGCGAAGCGGAAGUCUUUCCGCAGGAUGAAUAAUCCACCGGAUCUCAGCCUCAUUCAAUUUUCCAUUCAGAAUGACCUGCUGCCAACACACAGUCGUAACAGAAAAUUACUCGUUACUUUUAUGUGUACUUACUUAUACUCUACGCUUUCAGAACGACAACGACUUUAACUAAAAGUUUUGUGGACCAUGUCCAGAAAUUCUGGUUUACUAUUCCGAUACCAAAAUCGUCAGGCCAGCCGUUCCUUCGCAUGAGUCAAAGGAUUAGGACCACUGCCCAGCGCGAGACAGAACCCCAGGAGGAGGGGCUGUGGGAACGUGACGCGCUGAGGAGUGUGCAGAGUCGCAGCAGAGAAGAAUGUGGAGUAAUUCUAGAAACGACCAGGGCCGCAAAGUGGGAAAACAGUUGACACAUGCAACUCUGACAAAGCACAGAGUGUUAUUAGCCGAUGCAUGGGAAUGGAACUGGUUGGAGGACAGAGAAACUACAGGAAGGAGAUAAGGUGUCGGUAGGGGACGCCUUAUCGCAGGUUGUGGAGGUCAAAAUUUAGCCCGCUCUGUAGUGCAGGAUUGGCGGUGAUCUGUGGCCAACCUGACGGCAGAGCACAACCCUGGUGCUGACGACCCUUACCUGUUACCGUGGUGACACGACGACAUCGUCAGCUGCGACUGCAGAGAGUACACCGAGUUUGAACAGUAGAUCAAUGGUAACCCGUCUCCAGAUAAACAGAUUUGUUUGAUACGUCAGAUCGGUGGUCGGGUUGCUGAUACGCCAUCAUCCACACGAGCAGCUGCAGCAGGCCCCAGACGUGAGUCGGUGGGGAAAGUGUUAUGCGUGACCUGUGCGCAUACGUCUGCUGCUGUACACCUCCGUAAACCUACCGUGGGUUUGUCGAAGACAUGCCAUCCUGAAUGCCGGCUGUAUUGCUUUCCACAGAUGGACCAACACGCCAUGUGACUCAUACAUUUACACAUGGUUAAAAUAUUUGAUCGGCUUGCUUACGAUUUCGUCGGAUUUGUAUUCUAUAACACCAACACUUCAUGGUACUCAUCAUUUUCACUAGUUCAUAAAUAAUGUUUUAUUUCUAUUUUCCACAUAAUUUGUUAAUAUUCAUGUUAAUUUGUAAUUUAGCAUUUAACAUGUCCAUUUUCUGUAUGUGAAUUGUAAACUAUGACAUAUUGUAUAGUGUAUAUAUUAU